AUGUCUGUUGCAACUGAUGGCAAGAUGCUGGAAUAUCAUUCUUGGGCUUCUGUGACCACCGUGCAAAUACCUGCUUCCCCCAAGGCUAAUCCACCAUGUGACUUGUCGCAUCGGGCGCAAGAUCCCGAAUCUAUACCUUUGCCCCCUUCACCUCUAAUGUCGUCCACACUUGAAACCCCAACCGUUGGGUCGGGUGAGUUGGGUGGCUUUGCCCGUUCCAGUCCCACGGAUGAGGCCCGUCCCAGUCCCAAGGAUGAGGCCUAUGGACAUCCCGGACAAACAUCUACAUCCAAGGAAUAUGUCCAGGUGUCUUUUGAGGAAUUUGCGGCCCGCUAUCAUCAAACCCAACGCAAGCAGGCACAAAGGAAACGUCUGGAGAAACGUCUGCGGGCAACUAAGGUAUCCAUCGGCGUUUCGGCCCGUAUGAUUCGCGUCGGGCUUAAUGCUCAACGGGGUCUUGUGGAAGCCCUGAAACACGAUGACAAAACUAAUUUCGUGAAUCUUUACAACACACUCCAUGACCUGCAGGAGUCGUGUACUCUUAACAACCAAACAAGCUCCACGGAUGGUGGGCCAUCUCUGGACAUUAACGGUUUCCCCGAUUUCCUUCAUCAGUUGAGCCCUCAAUCCCGGACGGACUUUUUGGAGAUAUUGCGGCUGGUUCGCUCUGAUCCCCAGUUCUUGGUUGACCGGUUACGAAGCCUGACUUCUUCCCAAUUGGCCGCUUUUACUUCUCCAGCCACAUUUUUGGACUCCAAUGAUCCUGCUUUCCCUUCAACUUCCCGUGCCAGGGGCCAAUCCUACCUGGCCCGAAAUCAGGCCCAGUUGGCUGCCUUCAAGGAUCACGCAUAUGCCUUUGAGAGGACUGACCCACUAUCUAUACUUCUCUUUAACGUCUUUGCCGCCCCCUUGGAUCCAGAGACGCCUGAAUCCCGCUUGCGCAUGGAUGUAUGGUCGUCUGUGUGCGCACAACUAAUCUCCGAUGGAAGUAGUAGAUACUACCCUCUCAUCGGCCAAAUCCUGUCUUCCUGGACAACGGGGAGUAAUUGGAAAGCCCGUUCCAAAUUUGAACUCUACCUUAUGGACAUUGUGCAAACCGGUGCCUUUCUUUUAGAACCUAUAGCCACACCACCUGGAUUGGAGUUUUCUAUGGAUGCCUUGGAUCCCAUGCGGACGGACGUUGCAGAGGAGUUUUUUGCUUCUGCCGUGGAUGACUUGUUCCAUGUGCUUGAUGACCCAGAUGGCGGCUUUCCUCACGCUGUGCUGCAGUUUUCAAAGGCCGUUCUGCGCAAGUUGGACAGCACUGAGAGCCGCAGUCGCUUCUUGGAAUUUUUGUUCGUCCAAUGGUUCUUUUCAAAGUUCCUCUAUGGCGCUUUAACCUAUCCCGAGUAUUUGCUGUGUUGCGUUCAAUGUACGCAUACUCUUGGAUCUUGCGUUUGUUUUGUUGCUGACGUUAGAAGGCACCAUUCCUCGAUUCCUCGGCUGACCGUUAAGAGCCGUGUUGAAAAUAUGCUCACGCGUUUCAACACGACACCGGAAGUACCAUCAUCGCAGACUUCCCGCAGAAACCCCCCUUCGACCUUCCUUAUGAUUUCUGCCCUGGAUGCUCUCACACUUCUAGAUGCUCUUUUCCAACAAGCACGUGCUCCAUUCUCGCCAGUCUCUUCGGGGCCCCCCACUUGGCCGUCCAGCCCCACGGCAUCUAUCCACCUUUAUACGGACUCCGGAUUUGCUCGUUUCAAGCACGACAUAAGUUCAAGGCCUACGUCUAAUAAUGGUUCCUUUUCUUCAGUGGAGACACCUUCCAUCCUGGCACCGGAAAGUAGCUUGUCUGAGAAGGCCGCUCGAAUCCGCUUCGAGCUGACCGACUUGGAUCACCCUAACGAGCGUUUGAGCUUAGAGCACCCAUCGGAUGAGCAUUGGACGAUAUUCUCCAUUGCAGCCGAUGGCCAUAACUUGACUUGGAGCCUUCUCCCGGAGAGCAAAUCUGAUACUAAGCACCCCGUCAUGGAAAGCGACGAUGAUGCACAUUCCACUACCCUGGGACUAGAGGAAAACCACGAGGCGUUGCAGACUGCCAUUGUUCGACUUAUCAAGGAGAACCGUAUCCAAGACUCCGGCGAAUACGACUCAUAUAAUUCACUGCAUACCACAGCUGCCAUGACUCUGAAGCAGCGAUUCAGCGAAGCCAUGUUCUGUUGCCAUCAUGACUCCGACUUUGUUGGCGAGCACUACUGGUGGAACGCUUGCCGACAGCUCGGGCAAACAUCGAGAGCUGCAGACUCGUGGAUCUUAGGGCCAAUGCAUGAUUCAUACAGUCGCUCGUUGAACCAAUCACGAGCUGUCAUUGAGCGUUGCGAGAGUGACUUUGCAUCUCUCGAACAUAGCCUCCGACGACUCCAAACUCAAGUCAAAGACCUCGCAGGCACCUUUUCCAAAAUCCGAGACAAAAUGUGGUACAUGACUGAUGUCAAAAAUUCCAUGAAAUAUGAGGAAGCGAAACAUGUCGCUAUGGCGUUGAAAACGAUGAUCUACUCUGCCCAACUGUUCAGUCAAUACCCCGAGGAACAGCGAUCUCGCUACGGACCGAGGUCUCUGGGCGGCUCCUUGUUCCAGAAACCCGAAGUACAAGUCAUGAACAUGAUGAAGGCACCCGGUAGCCAAGGAGGCCCGAACAAGCUAUCCGACGAACAAGUCGAGUUAACUCGCAGAUGGUUGUCGCACAACGGCAUCGAGAAUUUCUGCAAAGGUGAAGAACGGAUUCACCGAUUCUGCUACGAGGUGCGCACGAUCAUCAAUAAACUCGUCGGUGAAACGAUGAGCGAGACGCCCGUGUUAUGGGCAAGUGAAAUGUUUCAAAGAGAGCGCUCGAGAUUUGAGGGUUAUGGCUCUCGCGCAUUCCCAGGGCUGUCAAUACCUAGCACUCCUCGAACCUCAACGGCAACAAGCGAAGAUGCGUCUCACUUCUAUGGAGCGAACUUGACCAUGCCGGAUCCUAUGUCCCGUCUCUCUCAGGACGCUCCUUCGCUGGGUCGCAAGCCCUCAAUCCAAAGCAUAAUGUCCGACAAAUGGCGACCCCAACGAGACUUCCCUUCGAUUGACAUGUCUUCGAUCGGAGGCUCGCAUGGUCGCGCCGCUUCCACAUCUACUGGUGACACAAGCAGUACGUUCUGGUCUGCUCCACAGCGGAAUCAUAUGUAUGCCGGAAGCGUCUCGAGCGUGUACUCCCGACCACCGUCUAUGUUUAGUGAAAUUGCGACCCGUCAACCCCGUCAUGUCGAACGUAAAACACACGGGAAAGCGGCGUUCAUGGAUGGUUUGAGGGAGACACUGACUAGCCUGCUACUCAGCGAUUUGGGCUCUCCGGUGUGGAGUUGUGGUAGUGAGACUGACGCCUGGUUUACCAAUGCACUUGGCCAGAAACGCAUUCAGAUGGAAAUGCGCAGACGGGCGGCUGUCCAGAAGUUCUACGCCGACUACGAAGAGCGCUCUAAGUAUAUUGUGCAGCGUGGCUCGUUGAGAGGCCGCCGGAGCAGGUCUCUGGAUAAACUCCGUGCUAAAUCUCCCAGUGCCAAGGCCUCUGAACUCCCACAACCAACUCUGGAGUCAGAUUGGCCAUCCAUCUUCUCAUACAAAGCAGUCUUCCACCGGCUGAUCGAGGUGUUCUCGCGCCAUGGUAAUCCUUUCGUGAAACUCAACGCCUUGCGGGACUUACGGUCGUUGGUGAUUGCAUCACUCAUUUCCUCACAUGAUGCAAGCUCGCACGCCCUUGGUUCUCCGGACACAGAUAGAAUGCGGAGUCCUCAACUCCAUCGGACUCGUCAUAGCUUCUCUGAAGUGGGACCCUGCAACUUUCCUCAGACUGACCCGGCCCUGCCCUUGACACCGGAGUCAGUCACAUGCGGCUCCCGACGCUCUGACUACUCUACUCCAACCGAAGCCCAGAUCGUGGCUGCAUUGCGCGAUCUCAUCCUUGAACUCAAGCCCAAGACCCUCUUCAGAGACCUCCAAUUCAUCUCCGCCUUCGUACCAGCAGAUCAACUAAACAAUACUGACCGCGGGACCGCAUUCCUCCAAUUCGGGUUAGCCGCGCUAAGCCUUAAGGAGGAGAUCUGCCACAGCAUGGUCGAGAUCGCCGACCGAAUAGUCUCCCAAGAGCUAUCUCGCCGCCAUCCCCCGCUCGCAUCAGACUUCCAGUCCCAGCCGGGCCGCGCCAUCCAAGAUGCAGCGGGUAUGUGGAUCAUCACCACCAAAGAAGGAAACGCAGUCGCCCAGCGCGAACUCGCUAUCCUCUACCUGACUCACCCGGAGCUUCUCCCCCGCGUGACACUCCCUCUGACUCUCCCGCGCGACACUUUCAAGGCGGAGAUGAUGUACCGACGAGACAAGGACUCAAAGUCAGAUCCACAGAGUAUGUGUCUGGCACUGCACUGGAUGCAGCUAUCUGCCAAUGGGGGCGAUACUCUUGCGCGGAAUCGACUCCGUGAGCGUGAGGAGUUCGACUCUAUUGCUUGA